AUGCACUAUACCGCACUAUGCCGGCGCUCGGGUGUGUGCUCUGUUGCAAGCUCACCAGACGGCGUCUGGAUCACCAAUGCCCAAUUAGCCCGAGCCAUUGAGCGAUUUCAACGCGUCUGUCCGAUUCCUCGUCGAAGUUUAAGCUCAUAUGCCGGCCCUCUCGAGAGCCGGCGUCGUUUGGGCAAGCGACAUAUGGUUGCCGUUAUUCCUAAUUCUCAUGCUUCACCAUUUCCUUGGAGGAUCGAAGUGCCCGUUAAUCUUGGCGAAUGGACAUGGGAGGCUCCUGUUGCACCAAACGAUCGUCAUAAAAAAAAGGUUGGUCUGUUCGAGCGCUUUCUCAGGAACCUCGAGGACCUAGGACACGAACAAAAUGCCGAGCUUGCAGCGGCUACACCACCACCGGAGGCGGGUCUGGUGCCAGCGACAAUAACUCUCUCGCCAAUAGGACAGGCCCGGGGUGAUAUGAACGAGCGGCUCGCCAAAUUCUACAAGUUCGAAGACGAAAAAGCAUUGAAGAAGAUAUGCGAGCCCUAUGUUCUUCAAAUCUUAAAAAUGGUCGAGGAAAGGACGAUUUCCAAAGACGACCUUAUCCGGGCUCUCGAUCCAUUUGACAAUCAUCUCAGACAACGAGCACCGGCCAAAGUCCUCGAUAACGCGGCCGCCAAACAAUGGAUAUACAUAAUCCACGCUGUAUAUCGUGCUCGGGCCUCCUCAACUGAAGAUUUGUUUGGGGGCCAUGUUUGGCACCAGUGCCUCAAAACAAUAUUGCAAAUGACACCCCAGCCUUCUACGUUCGAUUGCCUGGAGGAGCUUCUGAGAUUACUUGCUCUAUACGAAAGAUUACAACUAGAUACGAGUGACUACCUCGACCUGAUGCACAGCCAUAAUCAACUGGAAAUGACACAGGGCGAGCAAUAUCCUACGCGACCUAUAUCAUUCCGCCUCUUGCGCCGCAGUAUGCAAUUGACUCGAUUAAUUACUGUCCGAGGUAUGACGGAAAUAGAAACAUUUGAAGCUUUGACGAAACAUUGCUUCCAGUUGGUCAAUGAGACCACAGACCAACUUCCAGGUCUUAAAACAGAUGAAUUCUCCACACUCGCCAGCAAUGUUCACGACACGCAAGAUUGGGCAGAAUCAGAAGUCUGGCAAUUCAUGGCUAUUCGUCUUAUGAGCACGACACAGGGAGGAAUACGCCCAGAGCAAUUAUACAAAUGGAUUAUCGGGCCUACUCAGCUGCACUCCUGGGCAGCAAUACUUCUAGACUCUCGUCACAGCGAAACCAAGAAACGCAUAGCGAACUUGAGGGCGCUUACUCACACCAGUGAAACCUUUGGACGCCUUGAUACAUUGAUCAAGUCGAUUCGAUUGGUGAGCGAUCGUCAUGGGAUUAUACAAGAUAUCAUGAAGAUGGAGAAAGACCCGUAUUGUGCCGUCAUGCUUUGGGAAUCAUACAAUGAAGGCACGUCAGUCAAGCAUAAAUUUCCUUGGUAUAUGUGGGCACGACAUGCAGAAGCUAUAGUAACGCAUCCGGACCUACCGCCAGACCUCAUCUGGCGGAUCGCUGAAUUUUGCUCCUCCAAAACUGCUACCCGGCUGAAAGCCCCUAUCGUACGGAAUAUUGUGUUUAUGAUGGACUUCCUGAAAGAGAUAUGUCAGCUCUACAUGAAGAAACCCGGUCUGACAACCCGACAGCGCCUUAGAUAUAUUGAAACCGCUAUCAAUUGGGGCAAAAGGACUGGGCAGCAUAUGUCACAGCCUUUGAUACAGACUCUAGCUGAGGUAUUGCUUCAAGAUCUUGAGGAGGGUAAGAUGGGCCGCAAGACGCGGCUCCGGUACUUGGUCAGAAAAAUUAAGCAUUUUUACGGAAAGGAGCAGGCAGAAAAGGUUGCCGUCUCACUUGAUGGGUGGAGAUGGACCAAUAGGCGUAGAAGGGGGGAGAUGCCGCGAAUGCCAGCGCCAACGAGGAAGCCGCAUUUCAAGCCAGAAGAGCCGACCAAGGAGCUUUUAGAAGGUCCAAUGCAAACAACCCUGCAAGAGAGCCUGAAAAGACCCCUACAACAAGCAUGGGAGCAGACUUUGCCACCCAUUGGACGAGUUAGGUACGACAUCGAGAGCAAGGAAACACGAGAAGAUGACAGCAACAUGGUGGAAGAUGGAAAGACCUUGGAAUCUAUCAUGAAGGCUCAACGACGAAAGGCAGAAGUCAACUCCGGGAUAGGUUCAAGCUUUUAA